GUUCGCUCUCUCGCACGAAAUGAUCAAUCCGGGCUUGUCUGCAUUCCACCGUUCGAGACGGAAUCGACACUCACACGUGAUGCGCUGGCGCGAAGAAAAGCUUGGAGCGGUCGUUCCUGAAACACUUUGAGUCGGAUCGCAGCCUCGAGACUCUCUGCCGCGUCGGAGCCUUGGAGAGAGGAGAUCAUUCUUGCCACAUGUUUCCGAGACUCCUUUGACGGCAUCCUCCAAUCGUAUUCAUCGCCUUUCGAGGCCUCGCCGGCGACGCCAACAGCCUUUCGUCGACCGAAGAAACAACCCCACAGUACGAGUGAACACUUGCGAAGGCUUCCCAUGCACGACACGGCCAAGCGUACCCGCCUUGUCGAGGCCUAAGCCGUCGACUUCAAGCACUGUCGAGUUUGGUUUGAUGUUGCAUAAUGGUCUUUUCAGUGUCUUGCGGGCGAUGUGCCUCUUGCUGACCUAUGCGCCUUUCCAUUCUUUUCCUUCUGUAAGGACCAGAUCGCGAGAUCUUACGAACUUAACAGCUUAUUAUUGCCAACCUGUUGCUGAUGGUAACUUAAUCGAUUACUUCAGUUCUCAUUCAUUAAUAUUUCUCUUUCGUUCUCAACCGGAGCAGGUCUCUCCUUUUUUUUAUUUUUUUUUAUAGCCCUGGUAGGCUAUUGGUUUUCUUACGUUCACGAACAUGAGGGUUCCUACCGCCCGACAUCUUUCAAUCCUAAUCAGCGUAAUCUCUCUCACUGCAGGUUCGGUUGCUGCGAACGAUGCCGUUGAGCGGCAGGAACAGUUCGCGCAGCCACCUUCUCUCGGACUUAACCAACAGUCGAACUUUGCUCAGAUAAGCUCUCCGGAAACUUUUGGAAGAGCGCUAGCUGCUACCCAGAGUGUGUUCGAGCGACAGCUGUCGGUCUCCAUUACAUCAACAAUAGCCUUGCAAAUAAGCGGACAAGCUGCGCAGCCGGUACCUCAACGAACAAUAACGGUGACAGCCGCAGAAAACGGUAGCCAAAAUGCCGCUUCUACCAGCACGUCCAGUCCGCCGCUGUCGACAGUCUCAGCAAGCGGCCAGUCUUCGCCGUCGUCGCCUAAUGCGAGGACGACGAUCACCGUUAAUGUUGCUGGCCAGCCAGCUGCAUCACAGCAGGGCCUGAAUUCGUCCUCGAAUGCAUCCGCUGUAUCGCAACAGGCUGGAGGGGCCAAAAAGACGAUUACGAUCAACGUAGCCGGCCAGCCAGGCGCGACGUCGCAAACACGAUCAAGUUCCAAUCAAUCACUCAAACCACAGGCCACGGGUCCGUCUACUGUGACAAUCAAGCCAGCAGGGAUGGCAACUGGCGCCUUGACGCAAGGCGCUAGUGGCUGUACGUGCACAUGUGCUUGCCCGAGUGGAAGUUUCCCCAGUCCUGCAGCGCCAGCUCCUCAACCCGUUCAAGCGCAGCCGCAACUCCAAGGUCCAUCAGCCACAACUUUGAGUACGAUGGUUGCGUCUUCGUCUAGAACGUCUUCAUCAAGUGCUCCUAGCCCGGCAGCCGUUGCUGCGCAGAUGACAGCGGCGCCCGCUGUAUCAUCUCAGUCAAGCAUCUCGUCAUCGAGUCCAACGGCACUCGCUUUGAGUUCACCAACAUCUGCAACCAAAACAGUGGGCAAUAAUGCAGCGGGGGAGAUCACACUAGCCGGCGGGAGCGUGUUGCCCUUGCAGAGUGCGGUAACAGUACCAUUGCAAGGAAAAUGGUUCCAUAUUGGGCCUGUCAAUGAACCUAUGUGGACAUGAAAGAAAGUAUUUUAACACUAUAUUUGUAGUUAGAUAGUAGAGAAUGUUCACUCCGGCUACAAUACUAUCACUGGUGACACACAUUUUGAUAAUCUUGAGCCUCAUAGGCAUACCGGAGGGAAG